ACAAAUAGCACAUCGAUGAAUACUUCAUAUUAGAACGUAACCCUGAAACAACAAACUGCAGCCGAAUCACAGGAUAAUAAUAACGAGAAAAAAUGGGAGACCCCAGUUUUCUUGUCCGUGGUCCUAACAAGGCAACUGCGUUUCAGCUUGGCACCACGAACAGUCCAAGAAAACGAACGGUCCCUGCAACUGCCUCUGCUGUCCCGGACGAACCUGGAGCCUCAUCAUCAUCAUCAUUAUUCUCGUCGUCUUUUUUUCCAUCAGCACCAUUGUCUUUGUCAAAACCAGCAGUAAGAGCGCUACAGAACUCAACAAGCUUCUCAGCGGACGAAGCAUGUCUCUUGAAUGGCGCGCAGUGUAAUAAGACGGAUGAUGUGUUGUAUGAGAUUCAACAGGACAUCAAGUCAGAAAGACUGGCAGCAGCAGAAGAUACACCCAAAUUUCAUGCUGCUGCGAAGAGAACGGGGAAGAGAGUAAGUACCCGUGAACUUGUUUUGAUGACUCUAUUUUCAACAUUCGGAAUGUUGUAGUGUCUCUACGUUAUGAGUGAGGAUGAGAGGUAAGCUUCCUCAUACUAGAAUCCCCUUUAUCCCUUCAGGUCCAGCAGCUCCAUGAGAACUUCCAAGAAGCGCUCAAGAGGUAUGAUAAGGUCCGUGCAGAACUGGAUACAAGCGAGUUUGAUCGGGCAAAUCGAGCGCUCAACGUAACACAUCGAAUCGCACUGGAUUUGUACGGCGAAAGCUGUCAGCAGUUCAGCGAUCCUAAAGCGGAAUGCAGUCAGAUUUAUGGCUUCCUUGAUGAAUAAGAAACUGAAGAAUCUUUACGCGUACAGUUUGACCUUUUAUUCUCUUUCGUGAAGCACACGAUAAAUUGACAUUUUUUGAACAUCAUUUACAUGUUCUUCUAUGUACUUCUGUCCCACGACACUGCAACAAUCAAGUGCAAGAUCUUCUCCUAAGACAUCAUGUCGCAGAUGAAUCAACGAAAGUGGGCACGGAUGCCAUCACCAGAGUGCCAAGUUGGCCUCACCACGCCUUGGGACGAUUCGCUCAUUCAUAUUGGAGCGAAGUACGCAGGAGGAGGCUGUGCGAUACUAUGAGGUGGGCCACCCACUGGUCGAGGAGGCCUUUCCCUAUGAUCAUUGCUCGUUCCAAACAAGCAAAGUAGUGAAAAUGAAAAUUUUCCUUGUUGAAAAGAUAAUCGUUGUCAACAACGCGCAAGGUCAGGAUCAUGGUGAGUACUACGUUGCGAUUUCAAUAAGCAUGAUACACACAGCGAUGUUGCAUUUUUGUCGAUUUUGAUGUAUGGAUUCAGUCAAUCACCAUUUAUCACUCGAGAAUCUGAAAUGAAGCACAAGCACCCGGUACGAGCAGUCCGAUCAAAGUGUUGCUCACCCGAAUUACUCAAGCAAGAAACGAGGAAAAACUAAG